AUCUCGAAUGAGUCCCUUCGCAGGGUUUUUUUUUUUUUUCCUUCAUAUAUUUUUUCCUCCCUUUUACAUAUAUCUGCUGUGUUUCGUCCCCGUGUGGCAUUCCCACGAAGGUUUAACCCGCGUAUUGGCCAUUGUUGGAUGUGUCCCGGUAUCAGAUGUUUUCUUCAAAGUUCAGUCUUCAUCCUGUAGAUGAAGAUAUAUUGAGCAAAUGAAAGGAGUCGAGCAGCGAGAAAAUAAUGUGAUGGUGUGGUGAGAUGAGCGCUUGUCGUCAUCGGCGAGAUUUUCCGCCGCGAAUCAGGCAGAAUAAUAGCGUGGAACCCGUGACCCGAGGUACCCGGACUUGAUCGGGUUUCGGCUUGUUUAUUAUUGCCGCGUCUUUCCUGCUGCUGAAAGCUGAUACUGCAAGUACAGUAUACAACAGCGAUAACUCCGUGGAAGUCGGGAUUUUCGUGAUGCUUUAAAUCCCUCCACACGUACGGCGUAUGUUGGUGCCAAUAAUAAUAAUAACAAUAAGGAGCUGGAAUCAAGACGAAGGAGAGCCUUGAGGCGAUUAUAAGGAUCAGCCGAAAAAGGAUUGAUUUCAUCGAUUCGCGGGAAAAAAAAGAAGAUAAACACGAAUGGCGCUUGUUUCUUUGCUGAGAGUCGGGCGGAGACACGUCAAGGCUUUGCUCAAAAAAAUCGCCGCAAUGCCGAUCAAAGGCACAUUGCUGCCACUUGUGGCCAGUUUUUGUCUCGGAGUGUUGGUCACAACUUUGACGUUCGAGACGAGACGAGAAGACUACAUAAUGUCCGAAGGCGUGAAUGAAGCCCUGCAUUGGAGACCGGAUAAGGAUCAUUCUAUGGUUGCCUACGGGGGACCAAAGGCCUUUUUCAGUUGGCUUUUCGGAAUAAAACACGUGCAUGACGAAGGAGAAGGAAAAGGAAGCCAAGGUUCUUACACUCAUUCCCCCGAGAAGACAGUGAUGGACUAUAAGACCAUGCACGUUCAUGAAGGGAAUGAUUCGGUGGCGGAUCAGCUGAGCAGAACAGUGCGAGUUCUUUGCUGGAUCAUGACCCAGCCGAAAAAUCAUCAAAAGAAGGCCAUUCAUGUCAAGGCCACUUGGGGCAAACGCUGCAACAUUUUGCUCUUCAUGAGCACUGCUGAUGAUGAAUCCUUGCCAGCUGUAAAUUUGCACAUAACUGAGGGUCGAAAUGAAUUGUGGAACAAGACGAAAGCUGCUUUCAAGUACGUGUACGAAAAUUAUUACGAUGCUGCUGAUUGGUUUAUGAAAGCUGAUGAUGACACAUAUGUUGUAGUGGAAAAUUUGCGGCAUUUGGUGAAGGACGUGGAUCCGAAGACUCCAAUUUGGUUUGGCUGCAACUUCAAGAAAUUUUCGAAGCAGGGAUACAUGAGUGGCGGUGCAGAUGAAUCCUUGCCAGCUGUAAAUUUGCACAUAACUGAGGGUCGAAAUGAAUUGUGGAACAAGACGAAAGCUGCUUUCAAGUACGUGUACCAAAAUUAUUACGAUGCUGCUGAUUGGUUUAUGAAAGCUGAUGAUGACACAUAUGUUGUAGUGGAAAAUUUGCGGCAUUUGGUGAAGGACGUGGAUCCGAAGACUCCAAUUUGGUUUGGCUGCAACUUCAAGAAAUUUUCGAAGCAGGGGUACAUGAGCGGCGGUGCAGGAUAUGUGUUGAGCAAAGAAGCCCUCCGAAAAUUCGUCGUGGAAGCGAUGCCGAAUCCCAGCCUGUGUCGGGCAGACGGACACGGAGCCGAAGAUGCCGAAUUA